AUGGAGCUUUUCCUCCUUCACUACCCAUUCACCUGCCUGUUCGUCGUGUUUCUAGUCCUUUACCAGGUGAAACCUGCAUUCAGAUUCUUCUGCAAGAUGACCUUCUACAAGCUGUGGUUCUUCACCAUAAGCAUUGGGGUUGUUAUCCUCAGUAUUCCUCGGGGACGGAACGUGGAGAACAUGACGUUUUUUCGCACAUUGGCCCUGCCCCUCAAAUACAUCUUUGGUAUCCAGAUAGUGGUGAAGGGCAAGGAGAACCUCAGGACUAAGAAACCUUUCGUGCUGGUGCUGAACCACCAGACCUCCCUUGACAUUCUGGCGCUGAUGGAGAUCCUGCCUCACCGCUGUGUGCCCAUUGCCAAGAAGGAGAUCCUGUACAUGGGCACCUUCGGCCUGGCGUGCUGGCUGGUGGGGACCAUCUUCAUCGACCGCAAGGACAGGGAGGGCUCCAUCAACACCCUGACAGAGGUGGCACGAUCCCUGCACAAGGACAACUUGCGCAUCUUGAUCUUCCCCGAGGGAACCCGCAACCACGGAGGCUCCAUGCUGCCCUUCAAACGUGGGGCCUUCCAGCUGGCUGUGAAAGCCCAGGUCCCCAUCAUUCCUGUAGUGUUCUCAUCCUACAACAGCUUCUACAACCAGAAGGAGAAGAGAUUCACCCCAGGAAAACUCAUCAUCCAGGUCCUGCCAGAAGUGGAGACCCUCGGCCUGGGCCCGGACGAUGUCCCCAAGCUCACCGAGCAGGUCCGUGACUCCAUGCUCACCAUCUACCAGGGGAUAUCAGGAAUGACAAACGGAGCUUCCCAUCAGUGAUCCCCUCUCCCAGCUCCAGCUGUGUGUGCCACAGCCGAGGGGGAGGCCAUGGCAACCACAGGAAGGCCUGGCAGCAGAGACAGCCGUGGAUUGCAACCCCGACGUACCAGAGACGGGCUAAACGUCCACCAAGGAGGAGAAGCUUCCAAGUGGAGGUGGUGGUGAGAGGGUUUUGCCAUGUCCCUUCCAGGGAACUGUGCCACCUGCAUGGACAGACAUACCACGGGCAGCUGGACAUUCCUGUCCUCAUAACCAUGGGAACAUGUCUCCAGCUGGACCCCAGGCAGAGCUGGACCCUUCCUGGGAUCAUCACUGCCUGCUUAUCAUCACCUUUUCCUAUUCAGAGCCAACAAGGUGGAGACAUCUAUCCCAAUCCUGUGGCCAUCCUGCCUGAGGAAGUGGCUGCCUUGGGGUUGGAGGGCUGCCCCACUCCCCUGGAAGCACACUCAGGAGAAGGCACUGUCUCCCACCUUUUCCGUGGGGAGGAUUUGGGAGGAAGCCAAGGCAACUUUGGGAGAGGGGAAUUAAAGCCCUUACAUGUCUGCA